AGCAAAACGCGGUUUUUCCUGUUGAUGUAUUUUUAGUUUUGGUGCAUUUAAUUUAAUUAUUUACAGUAAAAGUUUUUGAAACAGUUUGAAACCAUUGAUUGAUCCAUAAUUGAAGUGUAGUGAAUUGAGUGAUAUAUAAAAUCUGUUGUGUUUAACAUGCUGGAAGCUGCCAAUCAGCAAAAAUCCGAUAGCGUCAGAACGAACAAUAAGAGCAAUAAUGAACCGCAACAACAGCAACAGCACCGUCAAGGUCAGUCUGUUUGUACCACUUCAGCGAAUCCACCUUCACCCGUAGUAGCAGGAGUGGUGGAAGGAAGCAACACCUCUAGCAGUUACGAUUUGGCACACUUCGAACCAGAGCGUAUUCUAAACAACAACAGCACACACAAAACCGUUUCGCUGUUGGGACAUUUCGGUAAUCUUUCGCGCGAUAGUUACGCGAUCGUUGUAUUGGAGAAGACGGCCUUCACAGAAAGCCAGCUGCGAAACAGUUCGUCUCGAGCGGUGACGAAAUCAGCGACGACGACGACCACAAAGGCGACGUCGUCAAGUGAAAGUGAAUCAGAAAAUUCAUCCACGACUGCAGAAGUGGCUGACGAGCGUAGUUUUUUCUCGGGAAAAUCUCACCUCCGAACGGAGUUUAUUAACGACAUAUACGGGAAUUUCCUGUGUGUAACCGAUCCGGAAGUCAAUCAACUUAAGGUGACGAUUAUCUAUCCAGCCACUGAGAAACAUAUCGCAAAAUACUCAGCCCAUGCACGGUAUCUCGUCGAGGAGACUGCGAGCGAUUAUCAAAGUGUGACGUUACCCCACUUGCAGCAGGAACAGCUGAGCUUGGAGUGGUUAUACAACAUCCUUGAACAUCGGAAGGAAAAGGACCGCAUCGUAUUCGAAGACCCUUCUGAUGAGAUUGGUUUUAUCCUGUUGCCGGAUUUAAAAUGGGACGGUAAAACUGUUGAACAACUAUACCUUCUCGCAUUGAUUCGCCCUAGGGGGAUCAAGUCGCUGCGUGAUCUGACAGCGGCCCAUUUACCACUACUGCGAAACAUCAAGGAAGCAGGUAUCCGUGCCAUUCAGGAGCGAUACGGCAUCGGCUCCGACCAUUUGAGGAUCUACCUUCACUAUCAACCAACGUUCUACCAUCUGCACGUGCAUUUCACUUAUCUGAAGCACGAUCCUCCGGGAAUUCACUGCGAGAAGAGUCACCUAUUGACCACAGUGAUCGAGAAUUUGGAACUGGUACCGGAUUAUUACCAGAAAGUAACCCUCUCCUGUGUACUAGUUGAAACAGAUAAAUUGUACGCUAAAUUGAAAGCAGCUAAGAAGAAGUCUGAAGAUCAACCCGAAGCCAAACGGGCAAAAAUCGAAUAA